AGUUCGCGGGGCAUGCCGGGAGGAAGCUGUAGUUGCUAGGGAAGAUGGCGGCCCCCCAGCAGCAGCAGCAGGCCCCGUCUCAGGCCCCGCCACCCGGCCCGCCGCUCACGCUCCAGGCGGGCCCGGGGCCGCAGCCCCAGCUGCAGACCCAGGCGGCCGCGCAGGCCCAAGCCCAGGCCCAGGCCGCCGCGCAGGCGCAGGCGCAGGAUUUCGACCCCGUGCAGCGCUACAAGAUGCUGAUCCCGCAGCUGAAGGAGAGUCUGCAGAACCUGAUGAAAAUCGCGGCUCAGAAUCUCGUCCAGAACACGAACAUCGAUAACGGGCAGAAGAGCAACGAUGGGGUGGUGCAGCGUUUCGACAAGAGCCUGGAGGAGUUCUACGCCCUGUGCGACCAGCUGGAGCUAUGUCUGCGGCUUGCCUAUGAAUGCCUGUCACAGAGCUUCGACAGCACCAAGCAUUCCCCCAACCUGGUGCCGACAGCCACCAAACCCGAUGCGGUGCAGACUGAGAGCCUGCCCUACACCCAAUACCUGAGCAUGAUCAAAUCCCAGAUCUCCUGCGCCAAGGACAUCCACAAUGCCCUGCUGGAGUGCUCCAACAAGAUCACUGGCAAGAUCCCCGCCCAAGGGGGGCCGUAGCCCGCGGCGCUGGCACAGUUGUUGCUCCUGCUCUGCGACAGGCAUGGUUUGAAGGAGACUUGGAUCGUUUCCAGGCCGGCGCUGUGUCAGACGGUGAAACUUUACAAACUUGCACCUGACCCAUGGCCUGUCUCAUGUCCUCUGAAUUCCCUGCGUGGGUGGAUGGUCUCGUCUGUAUGGAGAGUGAAACAAAUGUUCCUGGUCUGCUUCUUCCUCCCCUCUCAUUCUUCUCUAACUCCCUCUGGUCUUACUCCUUCCUCUCGCCCAGGCCUGAUCCUCAGCUGCCAUCAGUCAUCAGGCCUUCGCCAACCUCACUGUUGCUAUGCUAGUCUAUGCCACCCGAUGUCUUGGCCCACAUACAUUCAGAACACAUUAGCCCUGCUAAAACUGACUGACCCGGCAUGCGAUCACUUGCUGAGUCUGCCAUGCCAGGGCCUAAGCACCCUCCACUCCCCUUUAACUUCAGGAGGGGUCGAGGAGACCUUAGAUUGAGCUGCUAAUGAAGUGAGGAGGAUCAGACAGAAUCUUUCUCUGCCAUCAAAUUAAAACCUCCCCCAACCCCAGGUGAAUGGGCUGGAUUGUAGCUUUCCAGGUUGGUGGGUGUAUUAUUUAUUCUUUUUAUACAGUAACCAUUUCAGAGAAAUGCCAUUGAGUUAAAACAACCCCAGGUGUUAACUUCCUCCCGCCAUCACACUGCCUUUACCCCAUUGUAACCUUUCUGUCCUUUGAGACAUUUCUCUCCUGACCAGCAUGGAGCGAGAGGGGAGCUGGGCUCCGGUUCAUUUAAAGCUCAUUUAUGAUAGCUCCUGUGAUUGUUUAAAACAGAGGGCUGGACUGUGAUUCCAUUCACACCAACGCAGAGCAGAAGUAAUGAACAGAAUUAUCUCUGCGUCAGACUGGCAUAAAACCUAAAGGAGAAUCAGUUCCAAAGAGUGAAUUAAAGCAGAACAACUUUGAUUCAGUUUGUUUCCCUCUAUUUGUCAGACUCAAUCUUGCCUGGUCAGUUUCACUUUCCAUUUCUGAUCAGUUUCACCUCUCUCCCUUCCCCAUUUGCUCCAGGGAUCUGAAUUUUACUCCUGGGGGAAUUCUGCAUCAAUUAACAUGUGCAGAAUUCCUGUUCCCCACAGAAUUUUUUUGUUUCCCCGCAGAACAAUAGAUUCUGAAAGGGAAGCCACAAGGGGGGGGGGUCACAUGCCCCUCCUUGGCAGCGGUCCCAAGUGGGCACAUGGGAGCAGCUGGGAGAGAUGUAAAUCACUGCUGCGGGGCUGGGCGUGCAGGCAAGACACUGACUCUAUCGCGAUGCACCCAGCGGGGAGGGGCAGGGCACCGGGGUGUUUGUGGGUAAGGCCUGGCCCUUGCUUUGUGUCAGGGUUGGGUGGAGGGGGGAGGGUUGCAGGGUGAUCCCCCACCUCCGUGCAGCCUCAGUGUGUGCCCCUUGCUGCACAUGCCCUGCAGAGGCUGACGCAAGCAGCUGUGGGAAGCUGCAAGGAGCCUUGGCUGGGGCACCAUUAAAGGAGGGCGGGGGGGCACCUGCCCCCCCCGCCAAGUUUCACACCGGCGGUCAGCUCGCGGCGCACGCCCCAGUUCCGGGCGGAGCUCUUACCUGCAGCGCCACACAGGCAGGUCCCUCCUCCAGGACCUGGAAUUCUCUGGCUGUGACUCCCAUGGUCCGUUUCCUCCACUGCCCUAGGGCUUCUGGGGGUGGGGCAGGCAAGAAAGAGGGUGGGAGGGGGGAGCACAAGUCCCCAGAGGUGGGGGGUGGGGAGAAGAAGCAGAGGGAGCACAGGGCUCCCAGUUGCCGGGAGGCUGUUGGAGCCUGGCGGGGCCAGUGGGGUGGGAAGGGGGAGUCAGUCUCCAGGGGAAGAGAGAGGUGAGGGCAUAGGGCUGUGCCCUGAGGGAGGGGGGCAGUGAGCAUGGGCGGAGCAGUUGAGGGGGCACAGUCCCUGUGGCAAGGAUCCUGAGGGGAAGGGAGCUGAAGAAGGGUGGGGGGCUAGGAGCAGCUAAGUUUUGGGAUUUGUUCUCAGAGAAUCAGGGAGCACCUUCACCUCCCCCUGGGAAGAGGCUGGGGACAGACCCCCCCUAAGACGAUGCCUUCACUCAGCUGACUCAUUUGCUCUCUGCCUUCCUCCCCAUCUCUCCUACUUCAGGGUAACUUAGACCUUGGUCCUGCAGUGAGGAUCCAUGUGGGUGCAGGGGUUUCUUUAACUCUGCUCCUGGGGGAAUCUUUUUUGUGCCCUGUAUUGUUACAGACAUACUUCCCGACAGGGAUUGUGAAAUAAAUUCCCCAAAUAAUUGAAACCGGCAGGAUUAUAUUGUUAUUUUGAGGAAUAAAAUAUGCAGAAUUUUAACAGAUUGUGGUGCAGCAUUUUUCAUUUUUGGAUGCAGAAUUCCCACAGGAGCUGAAUUUGGGCUCCUCAAAUUACAAAGUGCGGUUUAGAAUUUAAAUUCAGAAGGACAAUGAGUUUCACACACGCUUUGGGCCAUUUUUUUUUUU